GGGGAUUCUGGGAAGGAAAUCAGCGUGGCGGCGAAGGUUACAAACUCAGUGGUAUUCCAUUGAAGUCCAAUUCAGUUCAACUCAGCUCAAUAACAAUGGCAUCAUCGAAGGUUUUGUGUAGGUUAUCGUCUCGGUUACAAGCUCUUACCCAUAACAAGUUCACCAAACCUUCUUUCCCUCUCCACCUCAAUCCUCAAUCUGCCUCUGCGCGACGCGUUUCUUGCACUUCCCGGUUACCAGUGGAGUUGAGUAGCUUCGAAUCAAUGAUGCCGUUGCAUAGUGCGGUAGCUUCAGCUAGAUUAGUAUCAAGUUUGUCCAUUGAGUCUCUGGGUUGGGGAUUAGUUCCUCAAGGUAUUUCCAUGCCUUUAUGACAGCAUUUGUCUGCAAUUAGUUGUUGCAAGGUAGCAUUUCCAUUUGAUGGCAGGCUCAUGUUGGUGUUUUCAUUUGUUGUAAUCUUGAGCCCAUUGACAUAGGGUCCUUCAUCUGAUAUUUGAGGAACAUGCAAUGCAAUUGAUGUUACUUAUUGGUUGGUUCAUUUCAUCUUCAUUUAUUUCUGGAAUAUCUUUUUUAGUUUAUCCAGUCUCUGGGUGAGUUUUUUGUUAACAACUAAUGCAUUAAAGUGAAUUAUAAUU